AUGUUUACAAGCACUACUUCUGCCAAUCCCUCUGUCGAAGACGUAAAAAGAUUUGAUACGAACCAACUUGUUACUUAUUUACAGUCUUAUUUGCAAGGAAAGAACUUGACACUAAAUGACUCUGAAAUUCUAAAAUUUCAUGAUGAAGAGAUUAAUGGCUAUGUCUUUCUUAGUUUAACUGAUGAUUUGUUUACAAGUUUUGGCCUUUCAUUUGGAAAAAGGUUGAUGCUUAUUAUUUUAAUUAAUGAUUUGAAUAGUCAAAGACAGUCACUCAGCGCUCUACUUGAUCAAAUGUCUAAACAAAAUGUAUCAAAAUUUUUUUCUACUGAAGGAUCAUCUUCUAAUGCAACGAGUUCUAACAAAAAGAGGUCAAUGAGAUCUAGUACGGCAAAAAAUCAGAAAGGCCAGGAUA